AUGGCGGACGGUCCUUCGCCCGAGAAGGCUGCCAUUCCUUCGCCAGUCUCCCUACCUGUGCCCGUGAGCCCGUCGGCGGAAGACCCUGUCGACGCAGAGCACCAAACGGACUCCCCAGACGGGCUGAGUACAAGCUCGAAAGCAAACGCCGGCGAUGAUGAUGACGGCAGCGACAGUAGUAGUGUUGCAUGGGACGGGAAGCGGCGCGAGAAUCUAGUCGCCGACUGGAAGUUCCUGGAUUUCGAACACUUUAAGAACCGAUACGGCCCAGACGAAGGCCUGGAGAUCAUCGAAGUCCUCAAGGGUCACCCGCAUCUUGAGCAGGAGAUCUGGAGAGAGGCACAAGAUCGGCUCCCGCAAGGGAAGUCAACCCGAAUUGACAGGAGGUGGAAGCAGAAGCAGAAGUCCUAUUCCAAAGAUAUCGAGACCGAAUACAUUCAACGCAUCAGAAUCCAGUCGCCAGCCCUUAUCCUCCUGCUCUCCCACCUCUCCGGCAGCCACGACUCCUGGGCCACCAACAAACCGAGGGUCUUCUUCCGACCAUUCCGAACCCAGUACUACUACCAACCCCAUAUGAAGGAAAUUCUCGCCUUCCUGGAGAAGAGAUUCGGCAAUUCCCAGACAGAUAUCGCCACUGCGGACGCGAAAGUUGCUCCAACCGAGGACAUCGACGAGACGCCCGGCCAGGAAGACGACAGCAAAAGCGAUGCUUUCAGUUUUGGCUCAGAGGAGCCGAAGAAAUCGACUUGGAGGAUAUCAUCAGUGGCGAUGUCGCAAACACCGCCACAGCAUUGCAGCACGUCAGGAAAAAUACUGUACCGACCACUCAAUACCGACUCUCCCAAGGGUCGAGACAAAUCGUCCCAGCCGGUCAACAAAGCGCAUCAAAGUGCCUGGCGAUUCUAUAGCAUCGUGAUGGAGUCGUAUGCAGACGACAAGCCGGACGACUUCAAAGCCAAGAAGGGCCGAGAACUUAGCAUCUACUGCUACUACAUCGACUACGAUGGUAUAUCGUACCUGCCGGUCCAGAAUAAAUUAACCAUCAAUGACUAUGACGGCGAGAAGGACAUUACGGAGCUCCCCAUCUAUCCACUCCGGUUCGCAAAGGACACGGAAAAGUUGAUGGAGACAUUCCGGAAGCAGGGCGAACGCUUCCAAUUCGUCAAGACGGAGAAGUACCUCUUCUACGACGGAUGGACCCUCACUCAAGGUCCGACCGGGAGCUCCGACGAGAGCAAAGAGUUGACCUCGGAGCACAUCGACAGCAACGUCGUCCUCGACUUCCUCGAGGGCUACAAAGCCGAGCCAUCCCUCGGCCAGCCAUCCUUCGAUGGCCUUCAAUCCUUCGGCGACAGCGACUGGCCGGAAGGCGAGGACGAAUUGGAAAUCCGGCACUGGACCAGCGUCCUCCGCGUGUCCGGCCAGGUUGACGUCGAGGAGCUCCACGGAGAGGGCUUGGCUUUGCUGCCGCGCCGCGCCAUCGCCUUCGCCUUCCGCGAGCGCAAGUUCAUCUUGGCCGACAUCAACUCGCUCCGGGAGGUCCGGAAGCAGGAAGACGUGUUCCAGGACCUGAAGAUUGAUCCCAAACACAAGCAGAUGAUCGAGUCGCUGAUCAAGACCCACUUCCAGAAGCAGGCCAUGCAGAAGGAGUUCGGCGUCGUCAACCUCAACCAGGACCUGAUCCUCGGCAAGGGCGCGGGCUUGUUCUUGCUACUUCACGGCGUCCCGGGCGUCGGCAAGACGGCCACGGCUGAGGCCAUUGCCCAAAUCAACUCAAAGCCGCUGUUCACCAUCACCUGCGGCGACCUAGGUUUCGAGCCCAGUAAAGUCGACGAAUCUCUCCGGAACAUCUUCCGCUUGGCCCAUCUCUGGGACUGCGUGCUUCUGCUGGACGAAGCCGACGUGUUUCUGUCUCGCAGAGAGGUAUAUGACUUGAAAAGGAAUGCGCUGGUUUCUGUCUUCCUGCGUGUACUCGAGAACUACUCUGGGAUACUGUUCCUGACGACAAACCGAGUGGGCCAUCUCGACGAAGCCUUCAAGUCUCGCAUUCACAUCAGCUUGUACUACCCCCCGCUGACCGAGAGUCAGACGGUCGCCAUCUUCGACGUCAACAUCAGGCAGCUAUCCAGGAUCGAAGACGAGAAGCAGAAGCUGAUGGAAAAGGAGGGCUCCACCAUCCCCAAGCGGCCGAAGAUGAUCAUCGACAAAAAGAGCCUCGUCACAUACGGAAAGUGGCACUGGAGCGCCCACCGGCCCUCGGAGCGCUGGAACGGCCGGCAGAUCCGCAACGCCUUCCAGAUCGCCUACUCGCUCGCCCACUGGCCCAACAAGAGGCCCACCGUUGACAAGCAGGGGAGGGUAAUCUCCCAGAACCAACUGCCGUCUGCCCCGGCGCGGCGGGCAGCCACACCCAACGCGAGCACCCCGAAGCCCGCCCCCAGCGCCGACACCGUCGGCCAGGUCUCACAGCAGACCCUCAAGCUGGACUACAGGCACUUCGAAGAGGUCGCUAGGGUCAUCGAAAAGUUCGACGCCUACCUCUACGACACCCUCGCCGGCACGUCGGCCGAGUCCGCCCGCGACGCCGGCACCCGCGCCGACGCCCACGACUCCACCGCCGCGCAGUACAGCCGCUACCCAGGGCCCCCGCCCCCUUCGGCAUACGCGCCCUCGCCACCGCAGCAGCAGCAGCAGCAGCAACCCGGCCCAGUCGCCUUCCGCCGGCGCCAGGGGCCAACCCCGCGAUUCACGACCGGCCACGCCGGCGGCGGAAGCGGUUUAGGCCCAGACGUGGGGCGUCCGUCCGUGAGUCAGCUGCCCCAGCGGCCGCGCUUCCGGCCCAGCGCCCCGGCGCCGGCGCGUGGCGGCGCGUCUCGGCAGCAGCAGCAGCGAGCUUCCCCGCAGAAGAGGAGGGAGGGCGGCCUGGGCGGCGGGAGUCGCGCGCGGGAGGAGGUGGAAGCCGCGAACUGGGAGAACGAUAGCGGCUUCUACGAGCACGGAGUGUGGGACCUGGAGCCGCAGGCCGGCGUGGCUAACGGCGGCGAGGAGGCGUAUGGGCACGCACGCGACGGCGGAGGGGGCGGCGAUUUGGGUGUGCAUGGCGGAUACGGAUUCGAGGAGCACGAGGAGGGGAUGGAGGACUCGGAGCAGCCGUACGAUGACCAGGGACACUAUGCGGAGGAUUAUCCAGUUGUGCUGGUUCAGCGGACCGAUUUAGCUGGGGCUGAUCCAGCCGUACUGCCCACACCGCACUCUCUCGACUGUCUCUUCCGCACGGCCAGAACUGCCAGCUCAGACCACACCCCGGCCGGGGUUCACAUUCGCAUUCGCACUCGACACCAAUCCUCCACCAUCUUCUGUCAAAACGCGUCCAUUCCUUCUCCCGAUACUUCCAAUUCUCCCACGUCAAACUCCAUCGCCAUGUCAGACCAAGUCCAAGACCUCCUCGACGCGCCUCGCGAGUUCCUGAAAGACGGCAUGCAGUUCGUCAACAGGUGCCAAAAACCCGACAGGACCGAGUUCAUCAAGAUUUGCAGGGCGGUCGGCACUGGUUUUAUUGUCAUGGGAUUCGUCGGGUACAUCGUCAAACUUUUCCACAUUCCUCUUAAUCAUACGCUCGUCGGUGGCGCAUAA